AUGGCUUUGGCUAACUACUCCCCGGCUAUUUUCAACGCGCUACCCGAUCUUGGGGAUAGUGGCCGGGAGUUCGACGCCCGAAAUGGCAACAGCCUGGUCGAGAAGAUCGGGGACCUCUUCGUCAAGCACAACAUGGAGUACAAAUUCGGCCUCAGUCUUCUCCACCGCCAUUUUGACAUUGGGGAGGAGGAGCGCAUGGUUGAGUACCGCGGCACGUCGUCCCCAUGGGGCGCCUGUCUCAGCAUGACCAGCCCUGCCAUUCGUGCCAUCAAUUGGGCCGUUGCCGACGAUGGCACCUUUAGGCCAUUUGAGUUCGAGUACAGCCCGGAUGAUCGCGACAGCAUUGAACCUUGCAACCCCGAGAAUGCGAAGUUUGCCGAUGCAUUCAAAGCUCUUCUUCAUGACGAGCAUGCCGCUGGUCUGUUCGGCAUCUGUGCCCAUCCAGGUCUAGGCUUCAAAGGACGUGUUGAGAUCACUGAGGGCCGGACCAAUAUCAACCUCGCUCCGGAACAUAUCUCAUGA